AUGGUUGCCGAAAAGAGUUUUGCUCUGAAACUGAACAUCCAGAGCGGCUGCGAGGGGUGCUUGGGAAAUGUCAAGAAAGUGCUCAAAAAGGCUGACGGAGUGCAUUCAAGCAACAUUGAUGCAGAUGAAGGGAAGGUCACCAUCUCUGGUACCGUCGAUCCACACGCCCUCUUAGCGGCUUUUAGAAAGUAUUUCAAGAAUGCAGAGGUUUUGCAGGAGCAAUUCGACUCCAAGACCAUGCAAAUUGUACCUACAAAACCAGUUCAAGGAGUUCAUCACAACCCACCACAACUACUGCAGCAAUUGUCCCAAAUUACCGAUCAAGAAUCCACAUUGAAAGCACGUGAUGAUGAUGACAACGAUGGCAACAAUGUGAGAACUACAGAGGAAAAUAAAAUUGGUUACUCAAUAUCCCACAAGCAUGACCUUGAGUUGAAAAAGUAUAAUAAACCUUUCAUCUGCAGUGGAUGCAAGGAGAUGGGUUAUGGGCAUAGAUUCAGAUGUGAGUUCUGUGACUAUGAACUUCAUAAGGAAUGCAAGGAAUGCUUGAUCUCCAAACGCGAAAUUUCCCAUGAAAUUUUCAAAGAAUGCACCUUCAUAUUCUUUGAUAAACUGACAGACAAAGUUUGCGAUGCUUGUGGGAAGGACAUAUGUGGCUUUGCUUACCACAGCGAAGCCGAGGGCAAGUCACUGGACUUGCACCCUUGUUGCAGCAACCUCAAAAAAAAAAUAUGCAUGGAUGGCUAUGAUUUUGAGCUUCAUAACGAGGUGUUAUCGAAAUGCAAGUGGUGCAACAAGAAAGAUCUUCAGGGCAGCAAGAAGGGCGUCAAUAUUUCGGGCUGGUCUUACAUUUCUGCUCGCAAGAGGUGUCACUUCCAUGUCUACUGCGUCACUGAAAUGGUGCGUGAGGCAUGGAGGCAGGGGUUGAUUGAUAACAUUGAUUCCAUGGCAUUAAAGAAGAUGGAUCCACAAGUUGUAGUUAAUUCCAAUAGGGUUGAUGGUGGAAGAGAAAGUGAGAUUGGUAGGAAGCCAAUGAAGUUGUUCCUCAAAGCCAUAAUCGGUGUUCUUUUGGGGGAUCCAACAAUGAUUCUUGGAUCUGUCCUGGUGGAUUUGCUAACAUAAUAAAUAUAUAUAAUCAUAGAGCACAGAUGAACAAUUUUAUUACUAUUAUUAUUUUUUAUUUUUUUUGUAUGAAUAGCAUAAACAAUGUCAA